UCAAGCCUGUUAACUGUGCUAAAGGUUAAAAAUGUUGGUAAAAUAUGGUCAAAAUGGCCAAAUGGGACUAGAUAAUAAAGUUUUGUCAAUCACACGACAUUGUUAAAACAUUUUGGAUAAAGGUUUUUUCUCUGUACCUAGUAGCAACUCGAAAAUAUUGUGGAAAUUCGGUUCAUUAGCUUGGUUGGAGUCAUCGUUAAUAAAAUAUGUCGGAUUUAAUUGAGGAAUUUCUAAAUGAUGAUAAUGAUGCCGACUAUCCUGACCUAGGAGAAGCAGAUGAAGAUGCCCUUUUACAAGAUGAUGAGGAAACAGAUAUACUUGAGUUAGCUGUGGAAGACGAACUUGGUGAAACACUUGACGAUUCCAAACCCGGUGAAAAUGAAGAGGAAAAGAGUGAACGUCAAGAUAAAUUCGCCACCGAACGGAAACUCAUAACUGCGCCAGAUCCUUAUUCCGAAAGUUUGAAACCUUCAAAUGAUGCAAGGCCAUUUCACAAGUCUAAUUAUCAAAAGGGUGGUAGUGGGCAGGGUAAUAGUAAGGAGUGGCGUGGCGUUAGGGGUUCAUAUAAUUCUUAUGGACAGCAGCAGUAUCAACAGUAUCAGAACCAAAGUGAACCUGUUUCUGAUAAUUACAACAGAAACAAAACAGUGUUGAUUAACCCUCGUUUUCAGGGUGUUGUUACUGUGGAUAAUGGUCCUUGGAAUAAUCUCCCGCAGCAACAGCAACAGUGGGCUCCACAUGUUGCACCCCAUUUUAACCAACCUGCCCCGCUUAUGCAUAUACAACCGCAGCCUUUAUAUCAUCCCCAUAUACAGCCACAGGGUCCUCAGGCACCUUAUUGGCAUGACCAGAGCCAACCUUACCCCCCAUAUAACCAGCAUCCGAAUCACUUUCAUUCCAAUGACAGAGCGGUUUAUAUGCAGCAGCCUCAGCCUCCCCCACCUGGAAAUUUUGAUUAUCAACAGUCACCAAUGCAAUAUCAAAAUUACUGCGAUUACGACGGUCCCAGGUCCGAACAAGGUUUCAACAAUAUGCAGUUUCCUCCUCGGUACCAAAACAGGGCCCCCUUUAACUAUAUAGACCAACAGAAUCAGUUUAGCAUGCAAAAGCGCAAGGGUGGCGGCAAUUUUGUGCAAAGUAAAAGGAGAGUCUUUAAUAAUGAAGAACAAUUUGCCCAUUCUCAUCCAAUGAACCGUAACUUGUCUUACUCAAACUAUGCGCCUCGACCAACAGUUGUGAAGGAGGUCACAGUCAACAUUGUCACCAACAUUCAGCAUGAAGAAAGUGAAGAUCCCCAAACCAGAGAUCUGAGGCAGAAAAUUGAAGAGCAGCGUCGGAAGAGGGUCGAGGUUCUCAGAUGGAAAGAGAAUCGACGCAAACAGUUCAAUCAAAGGGACAACAUGCAGGUGUUUACAGCAGUCAAUCAGCAAAACUUGACUCCCGUUCCGACGGUAGUGGAUGUCCAGCAGGUUCACACGGCCAAAACUUUUACCAAAAACAAUCAGUCUCCGAAUAUUUUGCUAACGAAUGGACGUCGGUUAACGUUGCACCAAAAGAAAAGCAUUGCCAAGUUGAAAGCGGAAAAAAUUGAUAAUGAUAUGAGCGAUCAGAGGAUUGUAAACGUCAAGCCUGAACAAGUCGAUACCGAGGAAGAGGUCGAGCCGAAGAAAGAUUUGUCGAAUUUUCUAGCAGAUCAUAGGGUGGUAGUGAAAGAUGAGUCAUUGCUCAAUACAAGAGCCGUAUUUAUAAAGAAUAUCUCUACUAGCACUACCAAUAAGAAAAUUCUUACCAUAUGCAGAACAAUGGGAGACGUGCAGAAACUGCAAAGGGAUAGAAAUGAAAGUCAUGCAACAAUUAUUUUCGAAACUGUUGCAUCGGCGCAUUGCUUUUUUAAGAAAUAUCAGCGCCAUAUGCUUGAUCUUUCUGUGAUUGAAGUUAGUUUAGCGGCCAUGCCCGCGGCGGAGAGCGUGUAAACAUUCAUUUCAAUAUUAUUGCGGGGUGUCCACUUUUACAAGAUGGGCCUUUCCAAAAAAACGUCCGUUUUUAGUUUUUAGAAAUAAAAAAAAAACUACCUAUUGUACCGGCGACAAAAGUGAAAUUCAGUGUGGCACAAAAAAUACAACGAAAAAUGUCGAUAACUAUUACUUUUCAUCCAAAGAAAUCACCCAAAUUCAAACUUUCGUGACGUAGUCUAAAUAUAAAAAUAGCAGGUAACUUAAUUUUUGUUUUGACACUUUGUAGCUUCGUUACUAUUAAGUUUUGGAGCAACGAAGUUUAGUUAUAUCUUCCCGAGCUAUAUCGUAUCGUAGCGUUAGUGUUUAGAGACGCCCUGUAUAUAUCAUAAUUACAGCGUUUUUAGAAUGCACUGCUUUGUGCACCUCUAUGUAAAGUUGUAUAAAAGUGGACACCGCAUAAAAAUUUUUUUGUUCUGUUAGUUUAGCUUACAUUGUAUAGUAGUAAUAUUAAAAUAUUUUGAUGUAUUAAAAUGUACAAGUGGCGAAAAAUUAUUGAAGAUGAAGUUGUAUGUCUUCGAACUAUUGUACUAAUCCAGUACAUAUGUCAAAUUUAUGAGUCCUUACAAAUUCCGACUGGAAUCCUGCAGACGUUUCGCCAAAAUCUCACUUAGCAUCUUCAAUGCUCGCGCUCCGAAUACACUUCGAACACUGCAGCAUUCCAGUCGGAUGCAGGAUUCCAGUCCCAGUUCAAAAAUAUAG